AUGAAUAAAAAUGAAGCAAGCGAUUUUUUGUGCCAAUUUGACUUCUCCUCAUUGGAGGAACUAGAUCCUUCAUUAACGGAUGGUUAUAAUGCAUGUUACAGAAAAGAAGUCCCAUUCGAAAUAAAAUUGGAGCACUCGAGCAACGUGCCGCAAGAAAUAGGUUCAUUAGAAGUUAUAACAAUUAAAAUUUUUGUUUUGGGGGACGAAUUAAAUACAAAGUGUAUCAAAACAGAGUUGACAUGCGAAGCCGACUUAUUUUUUCAUUUUACACAAACUGUAGAUGAACGCACAUUUGAAGCCAUGCAGACAAGCCAAAAACUUAUGAUUAACUUUUCUGAAUAUAUGGAAGUUUUAAUAAAAAUGUUCAAUUCUUGUGUACAGGAUCCACAUAGUUUUCUUGCUAUAUUUACUGUAAAACAAAAUGGAAAGGCUCGAUUAGAUUUCAUAAAGAACAUUGAAUAUAAGUUCAUCGAACUGCUGGUGUGUGAGUUUGUCCAGUCUUCAGAGGAAGUUAUAAAGGAGAGCAUUUCGUACAGGUACAAUGUUAUGAAGUCGAAAAAUAUUAUAAUGCGUAAAAGACUUCAAGAUAUAAACCUUUUAAUAAAAUCGAAAAAUCCAUCCCUCCUAAUGCAACUUCAAAAAACAGCCAGUAGACAAAUGGAAAUUAUGAAGAAUAGAAAAUGUACGAGAAAUAUAUACAACUAG